UCCAUGGAGGAAGGAAAUAUCAUGUGCUGACUUCUUGUUUUAUAUAUAAACUGUUUCACAGGUUAUCAUUUGAGAUGGUGUGAUCACAGGGCCAUCACUGUUCUCUCAAAACUGAAUUGCUUUCAACAUAUCAGGAACACACCAUAAAUUCUGCAAAGAAAAAAACUAAGACGAAGGCAUGAAAUGAAGUUUUACAAUUCUGAAAAUGAAGCUAAUAAAUAUUUCAUCUAAAAUGACUCGUUCACAGAUAUUUGCAUUUCUGAGGAAAUUAUUGUACUUUCUACAGAUUGUCAUGUUGUGCUUAAUGGAUGCAGUACUGAGCAUUUUAAAUGUAUCACAAAUACCAGAGUGCAUCAAUGCACGUGAAGGUUCAAAUAUUUCUUUUGAAUGUCAAGUAUCUGGACUGUCUAAACCAUCAAAGUCAUUCUACAAGUGGUAUAAUAGGCCUCCUAAUGGAAUAGAAUACGAAAUUAAAAAAAAAAUGUCACUGCAAGAUUUGGAGACUGGGAUACUUCCAUUCAGUAUAUUGAAUGCCACACUAAAUGACUCUGGUACUUACAUAUGUGAGGUAGGCGACAUUUCUGUAAAAGAGAAAGCAAUGGGAAUCAACGUCUACGUGUAUGGUAAGCAUGACAUCAUACCAGCUGAAAAAAAGAACUGUACUGAUUUUGGGUCUUCUUCUUCACAGAUAGGUUUUGCAGUCGUUUAUAUUGCCAUUGGAGCUGCAUGUGGAAGUGCCUUAGUAAUACUUUUUACAGCCAUCAUUGUAUUCAAAAGACAUAGAGAUACAAUAAAUCAGGAGCCCACUUAUGAAAAUACUGUACGUGGAGAAAAGAACAGUGAUGAAAAAUGUCGACACCAAGAAUUGGCGCCAGCAAAAAAUGUCAACAAUAAUACCACAGCAACUUUUAUGAAGAUAAAGAAUGACCGUUAUGUUGGCACUUCAAAAUGAAGAAAAGAAAAAUUCUCACCAUGACCUGUCUAUGAAAACAUAGCUUAUUUCUCCACAGAAAGACUUCACAUUCCAUAUGUACAUUAAGCAAAUUUAUAGCAAUAUCUAUCUAUGUAUCUAUAUUCAUAUAUAUAUAGCUUUGUGUGUUUUUGUGUCCAUUCAGGAGCUAGACUCCAGAAAAAUGAAUAUGAUUACUCAGUAGAAAUGUGAAUUUACCAAGAUUGUAAUAAAAUCAUCUCAACAAUGAAUAUGUAAGAGAAAUAACUCGAGUGUUUCAAGUAUCUCCAGAGUUUCUACAUUAUCCAAAUGAAGAGAUUUGAGAUGCAUUUAACAGGCAUAUAGAGUUUCUAAGUAAAGCUACUUAACUCAC